AUGCUUGCCGAAUCCAAUGGCAGUCCCUAUGGCGGGGGUAAUGCACCAAAACUUCGAACAGCAUGCGAGAACUGUAGACAAUCCAAGGUGAAAUGCAACCUGUCUGGGAAGAACGUCUGUACAAGGUGUCUGCGGCAUGGCUUGCAAUGUCAAUAUGGCUUUGCCAACCGAUCUGGCAAGCCUAAGGGCAGUAAGAAUCGAGCUACUCUCCGCAAAUUGGGUCAACUUCAGGAGGAUAAGCCACCUAUCCGGGGUUUUCGUGGCAAUCGCAUUGUGCCUCCCGUGGCAGACCGAGAACCUCGAGUUCCUACUGAGUAUCCAGGCCAUAUGGGAGAUUCAGUGAUGGAUGACGAUAUAUGUAUGAUUCCGGGUCCACCUGGACUCUGGGAAAGCCCAAGAAGUUUUGGUAGUAAUACCGCAUUAGACACGCCCAUAUGUCCUUCGCAGCUGGCAACAGUCGAUGGCUCACCCUUCACUGAUCUGAUGGAUUCCUGUCCUACGAUGCCCCAUGGUUUGGGAUACCCACACACACCCGUCACACCGACGUUUCUCCCAGCAGACCCUCUGAUCGACGGAAUGGCGAGCCCGCCUUUUGGUGGAUCUGUCUCUUCUCCGUACCCGGCGGCACCAUGCGAAUGUGUGGACAGGCAGAUAUUCUAUAUGAAUCGACUGAAUCACCUUCUUGCCGAAUCUAUGCCUCUUCGGUUCGACCAUAGCCUUCAAGCGGUCAAAGCCACAUUUUGUGCAUGCCAGGUUUUCAUGCAGUGUGUCAAAUGUAGCAAAGACAGCGCGAACCUGCUUCUAGUCAUAUCUGUCCUCAACCUGACCCUACAGUUGUUCGAGUAUUGGAUUUCACGCGAGACAUCACGAAUGCCUCGGGUGGAGCAUGGCGAUAUUCGCUAUGGACAUUAUGAGGUCGCCCAGGAUGACGACCGACAGAUACGGGCUUUCUUACUUCGAAAGUUGUUACUCCAGUGCAAAGAUGUUCUAUCCAUGUUAACAGCAGCUGUCAAUGCCGUCUGUCUUGAAGACCCGAAGCUUCUUGAUGCCGAAGGCUCUGCAGAUCCGAGGUUGAAGAGUGAAGAUCUAGUCAAUCAGCCCUAUGCUUCAUCGGGGCACUUUGGUCCGACGUUGUCACAUCAAGCAUCAGAUACGAUGUCCAAUCCUGGGAAUACCUGUCUUCUGCCUAUCAUUGGGGGCUACGAAGCUACAGUGGAAGCAUUCUUGCAAUCCGUCUCGAGUGACUGUAUCUGUGGAUCCAAAUACUCAAUAAGAAAUGAGUCCCUUUGA